GAUGCUUAAUUAAGAAUUUAUUGGUGACAGAUGUGUAAUAGGGAUGAAUUUUCAAUAUUUAUCAUAAGGUACUGUGAUGAUUAUUUGGACUACAGCUCCUGAAACAAUUGUCUAGGGGUUUCCGGUGUUACGAUAAUAUUGAUCUCUGAAUUUAAGUGUCUUGCGUUCUGUCAUGAGUGGGAAUUCAUAUAUGGCACACUUUUGGAAUAGAAGAGAAUGUAUUUAGAUUGGUGGUUUUUCAUCCUUGUCAGUUCUCAUAGACAGUGAACUGGCUAUUGGUGACCUAUUACAGUUCUCAUCAGUGAACUGGCUAUUGGUGACCUAUUACAGUUCUCAUAGACAGUGAACUGGCUAUUGGUGACCUAUUACAGUUCUCAUAGACAGUGAACUGGCUAUUGGUGACAUGUUACAUGAUGUUUAGACUUUGAAAUAUUUUUAAGUGCUGUGCUAGCUGUGUUGGGAAAAUUGUGGUGUGAAAAAAAAAUUAGCUUGAUGUUAAUGAAGCAGAAGGGAAAAGAAAAACAGAUUUGAAGAAUAAAUGAAUUGUAUUGCUGGCUCAUGAGGAUGGUAUAUGAGAGGCUUGGAUUACCUGUAUUGGAGUCCAUGAGACUUUGCAUGUCUCCUGAGAAUGCCCAAUGGAAGUAAUAUUGGAAUAUCUGUAAUUAGGCACUGUGACCAUGGAUAGUUGGCCUAUCAGGGCAGCUAGCCUGGACAUUUGAUCUCCCUGUUAAUGGACAGGAGCCAUGUAAUUUAGUAGUACAUUUUCAGAAAUCUGGAUGUGUUAAUUGAACUGUUUGCCGGGGGAUGGUCUUCUGAUUUUUUAUUGGAGUUUAUCUAGAGGUUAAAAGAGAGACUUUAUUGUUGAACUUGUGAUUCCCUGGCUGAGUAGUUAUAAAGUAUUGAGGAGAAACUAUUCUCGGUAAGUACAGAUAUUUAAUUGAUAAUAUAUAUUAAGUGUCUUAUCCUCUUGCAACAGCGUACAUGUAGAAUCUUGUCCUGAACUUGAGAGUUUGCCCUGUACAAGAUUCCACGUAUGUGUGGUCUUUAUAUUUACAGAACACUGAGCACUUAUAAUAUACAAAGAUCUUUCUCUUUUGAUUUUUUAAGGUUAAAUGUAAGAAAUCAAGGUCACUUAAAGAAAUAUUCCAAACUUCCUAGUUUAAAAGAUUUCUAAUGUAUUGUGUACCUAAUCUCAAUAACACUGGCUUGGACUACUGUCUAGGACCAGGAUUUCUGGUCAUAUUUUCAUGGUCAUGAGUAGUUCAACUUAAGGUUACGGGUAUGAUUCCUUGUGUUCAAAUUUUAGAAUUUAAUGUGCCUCGGAUCUCACCGUCUGAUUUCGAUGACUUUAAAAUUUUGUAUUGAUCAUGCUAGUAAAGAUCAGGGACAGAAUAAUACAAACUCUAAAUUCCUUCUGUGCAAGAUUUUGAGUAUAUAUUUCGUAUUCAUUUCAAUCGGAUGCUCUCGUAGAUUUUCAGAUCAUAGAGUAUUCUGAAUUCCUAUCAAUUUCAAGGUUAAAUGUAAAAUGUCAAGGAUAUUGAAUAGGAAAUAUUGAAAUUCGUUAUCAGAUAUUAAUGUGUGUUGAUGACACAAGGAAGAACGCUAAUAAGGGAAUUCAUAAAGAUUGGUGGUUCUUCAUGUGUGUGUUUUAAGCGAAGGGUCAUGAAGUAGUUUGACUUUGAAUGGUAAGUUGUCCGUCAACAGGCGAGGUGCUAGCUUGAAAAAAAACAAUCAUGAUUUAUGGCUGUUCUUUGAAACAAAGUUAAUUUCAAAGUGCUGAACUUGAAAUCCAUAUAAUUUGUGUCAGCUUAAUCAGUGCAGGGGAGGAGGGGGGGGGGGGGGGUCUGAAUCAAUGACUGAAAAAUCCUUCUGACUAUUCAUUACAAUUGGUGAAUUAUUUUAUUCUGAUGCAGGCCACAAUUAUUCAGUACAAUGGUAUUAAAAAUGUUUGACCAUUGAACACAUUCCAACAUGGAAAAACUUUUAAGCAUGAAAAUUGGUUCAUACAAAUUAUUAUCAUUUUGCAGCUCUAGUAGAACGAUUGAGAAUGUAGCUCGAGGGGAAAGUCAGUUUAGUGAAAAAUUGGACUUAAUUGUAUUACUGCAGAGUCCUUCUAAGGAUUCAUCAGUUCUAUUAUUUGUUAAACAUUGCAGUUUUCUGUGUCAAUAAUAGUGGAAAUUUGUGACCUUUGUCAUUGAUUAUAACCAAUUCAUCUAAACACCAUGCUGUGUGAAUAUGCCACAUUGUACUUCACAGAGUUGUAUCCAUCACCAAAAGUGUUCAUGAGAUGAGCUGCCUGUCAUUUUUCCAAUAUAAUUGUUGAAUGGGAUUAUGUGAUGCAUUUAUCAAUAAAGGAGAUCAUAUUGGAACAAUACCAAACACCCUCGUGUGCUCAUUGAUUGUUUAAUAUUGUUCAACAAAUAUUUCAUACGAGAAUAAGGAAGAAGAUGGGUAUUUUACUGUUCAACAAACAUUAAUGGUUAGCUCUCACCAGUCCAAGCAGCUAUGGUUAUGUGUUACUGAGAAUUAGGAUAAUGCUGGAGAGGUUCCGAAUGCUCAUUUUAGAGGCUGCCUCGGCCUCCUCCCCAGGAGCCAGUAGUGACAGUGAAAUAUUGGACUCUCAUACAACGAAGGAUGAAAUCAGAAAUGGUAAACCAAUGUCCAAUGGAAGUCUGCAGUCAGACACCAAAGAUAAGAAAGACAGAGUGGAAUUCCCUCAAGACUCAGAUCAGAGAAAACUCAACCAGUUAUUUGAUGCAUUCAGAGUGCCGAAAACUAAAGAUCUUUCAAAUAAAUCUCACACAACAGUGAGAAGAGUAUCAUCCAAAAAAUAUGAUGAAUCCAACUCUGAUUCAGACUCUUCCCUAUCCACUGACACUGAAAAAAGCCAAGAGGUGCUCCCAAAGUCUUCACCAAACAAGAAGGUUGAUAGUGUAGAUGGAGGAAGUAAAAUUGUCUCAGCAUCAAGUGGUGGGACAGAUCCCAACAAGAGUCAUGCUCCAAAGGAAAACAAACUUCAAAGGAACUUUUCUGAUGAUUCUGAUCAGACACUUUUAUCUGAUGAUGUUCCCUUUUCCAAAAGUAGCACAGAAACACAGAUCAAAGUGGAAAUACACUCUGAUGAAUCAACUUCACCAACACCGUCAGUAAGUCAAAAAAAAGAAAUAAAGGUAAAUUCAGCAGAGGAUGUUGUGAAACACAAAUCUCCAAAGGGCAAAAUGAAACAGACUGCCACUGAAGUUAUAAUGGCAAUGAAAAUGAGCAGUCCUAGUCCCACAUUGCCUCCAAAUCAAAACCACCAAAGCAAUUUCAAACAUGCAGAUCCAAAGAGGUAUCAGCCAGGGAGAUCCCCUUCCCCAUACUCUUUUGACAGUAUUCCCUCAUCUCAUGCUAAUUCACCAUUACCUUUGAAAAAACAUGACAGUCACAUCAGCAGAGAAUCGUCAGAUACAGAUUCUACAUCUCGGAUGAGUGUUGCUGAUUAUAGUGGAACAGAAUCUUCCCAUAUUCGUGAGAGCAGUAGUGGUGCUGAAGACUAUGUUGUGGAGGAAAUAUCUAAAAUUCGGUUUCGAAGAGUGGCAAAAAAAGCUGCAGAAAAAGGCAAAACAUCAAGUCCACCUCCUGGGUGUGAUCACACUGGUGUAGGUUUUGGGAGAGAGGGGCAGUGGGACAGUUCCCAUUUAGACCCGUCUAACAAUUUUCCUCCUAGUAAGUCAUCCCUAUUACCAUCACAAAAUAUCCCCCAAAAGGCUUUUGAUACUCAGAAAUUUGUAAGAAUAUCUGAAAUGUCAGCUUGUGAUGUGCCUGAUAAUGUUUCUUCAGAUUUAUCUUUAUUUGAUAUUGAGAAAGACUGUCAAUUAAACCUGGAGGUGUAUGAUAUCAGUGACUUGGCACAAGUGUCCAGAUCCAUUCUAACAUUGCCUCAAUCGGAAUUUCGUGCUUCAGGUGGCAAAAAAUCACCCAGACCAAAGAAGGAGAAACAGAAAGAGAGUCCAGAUUUGAAUGAACACUUGGUCAUAGAAAGUAAAGGAAACCACACAGGAUCAAAACAAGAAUAUUUACCAUGUGUACAACAGAAGGCAACCUUCACUAAAGAAAUCAAAUCUGCCAAAUCAAUGUCUAGUGAGACAAAACCUGCUAGACCUUUUGAUGAAGAUCAAAUGUCAAAGAAGUUAAUUGUGUUCAACCCUGAAGACUUGGAAUCUGAUUCCACCGAUUCCAAUCAGGAAAAUGAUCUUCCAUUGAAGAAAAAUGAAACAUCUCUUGAUCAUAAAGCAAACCUGGAGGAUGACAGUGCCCAAGGCCUCGGAAAAAGAAAGAGUGCAUACAUGGAAGAUGUUUCUGCAAAUGCAAGAGAAAUCUCCAUUGGUGAUCAAGCAAAAGAUCAGGACAUUGACAUUAAAAAUGGUGGCUUAAAUGAUUCUGGAAAACAUGAUAGCCUUGAUUCACUUCUGGAGUCUUCGCUUUUUCAGACACACAGGUUGUCUUCCAUUGAUGACAGGAAAAACAGGUUUGAAUCUGUGGAGAGCUUUGGUUUCUCUCCUCUUACACCUUUAUCUGGAAGCAAGAUGGAGACUAAACCACACACUUACACCUUUGCAUUUGUGAAUGACAGUGUGUGGACCAGUGAAAGCUCAGGUAAUGUUGAAACAUCUGAGGAUGACUUUGAUGAAAUCUUUAACAAGGCUGUAUUGGACCUGGAAACAAGUGAAAAGAAAAGCAAGCCUCCUAGACAGAGAAUGAAGAAAUCUCAUAAACCUAGUGACAGUAAAAAAGAUUUAGAGAAACUCGCUGAAAAUGUAGAAGACAAUGAAGAAAAUUGCAGAAGCUUUCAAAUGGAGUUUGGAGAUGACCACGAGUUCAGGUUUUCUGUUGAUGAUAGCCAUGCUAGUAAAGAACAGGAUGGUAAGCUUGCAGACAGUGUCACACCAAGAAUACAAAAAUCAAAGAAAAAUGAUGAUCUUUCUUUUCUUUGGAGAUUUGAAGAUGAUACUGUAAAAGAUGACUAUGAGAAAGUGUUUGGAAGUGUUCCCGAGUCAUAUGCACAGAACAGAGCAUUCCUCCGCAAAGCGUUUGCUAAAUCAGAUGAAUCUGUUAGCACAGAAUCUGAUGCUUUAAGUGUAAUUCAAGAGGAGAUUGAUGGCAGUGACCAGAGUAAUGAAGAAUUGGAAGAAAUCAAAGAAUCAUAUUUGCAUGAUAUCCAAGAGGAAGAUAAUAGUGCAUUGUUGAUAGAAGGUACAGUUGAACUUUGUGUGGAAAAUGAUAUGCAGAUUGAUAGACAAGAUAGCCUUCAGUCAGAUGAAAAAAUAGUAGAUGAUUCAGAAGGGAUUGAUGAAAAUAUAACACUGAGAGAAACCACUGGUGAACUGAAUGGUAAAGGAAAAACAGGCAUGGAACCUAACAGCAUGAAUAACUAUUCUAUAGCAUUAGACUCAAGUUUGAUGGAGCAAUCUUCUACUGACUGUAAUGAACAAAACAUGAAGGUUGUGAAAGGUUCAGAUAAUAAUCAUCAAAAAGAUAUUUCUCAAAACUCUGCUGUAGUGGAAAAAGGGGUUGAUGAAGAGAAAAUGAAUACAGAAAGCAGUUUAGGCAAGAUGCUGCUAGCUUCUAGCAAGAUUGCAUUGAUAACUUUAGAAACCUCUGAAUCGCCAGCUGAUAGGUCCAUCACCUCCACUGAAAAUCUGGUGUCUUCCUUGGAUGCAGAAAUUUGUCUGGAUGAGGAGGGAUCACAAACCAGUGAGGAUCUUCUGCUUCAGCAAAUUAUUCAGAGCCAAAAUAACAGCGACAACCUCAGCAUUCAAGACUCUUCUCCAGAUAGUCAAACUGAUAAAGUGAGGAAAAGAAACAAAAGUAAGCAGUUAGUUCAGGAGUGGCUGCAGACGGAUGUUCAGGGAGAAGUCAUGAAUGAUGUCCCUGAUGACAUUCCCAGUCCCCUUCUUGUGAAGGAGUGGCUAGAAACAAAAGUUCCUGAGGAAAUUGACCCUACACUAGGCCCUGCUCCUCUCUCCCUGCCUCUGUCAGAAGGUGAUCAGAAUAUUGCUGAUUCUUUCCCAACCACUGUUCCUAAUGCCCCUGUUCUUCAGCUAGAGGAACACUCAGAAAGGGCAGAGGGAGGUCUCUCACGUCUGUCACCGAGAGCAAGCUCGGAGGGGUCUGGGAGUUUUGAGGACAGCGGUCAUGUAAGUGGUGCUUCGACAGAGAACACUCCAGAACAUCGCCGCACAGACAGCACGUUCAGUCAACUCUCAGUGCCAUCGUCCACUUUAUCAACAGUCACUGAUCGUUCAUCCGAGGAGACAGACAUAGAUGAUCUGGUGGCUUCCCAUCGCUCCCUUGCCUCUUCGGGCCGUGGGAACCUCCUCUCUACGAUAGCGGAUAGCCGAGAAAGUAUACUAAGUAUUUACAGUAAUGCUGGUGAGGUGGAUUAUGGGAAGAUUCCGGUUACUGGGGAGAUUUGCUUUGGUCUGGAGUAUAACUACAGGACUGGUACUCUGGAAAUCCAGAUCAAACAGUGUAAAGGCCUGGCUCCAGCUGACACCAAAAGAAACAAAUCGGAUCCUUAUGUCAAAUCUUACCUCCUACCUGACAAAACCCGUGGAGGAAAGAGGAAGACGAGGAUCUUGAAGAACACCUUGAACCCUGUAUUCGAACAGACUUUGAGGUACCUGAUCUCAAAGAGUGAGCUGGAGAACCGCACUUUAUGGGUCACUGUGUGGCACAAUGACCGCUUUGGACGUAACGACUUCCUUGGGGAGGUCACCAUUAAUUUUGAUUAUUUUCGUUUUGGGGAGUCAUCGGCCAAGUGGUACCCACUACAAGAAAGGAUUGAGUCUCCACCAGCUGCAAAUCUGUCCUACAAAGGGGACUUGUUCUUGAGCAUCAAGUAUGUGCCUCCAGAGAAAGUUAAGAAAGAGGACACAGUAGCCUCCCUUUCCAAAAAGAAGAUCAGAAAGGGAAAAUCAGAGGUCGGGGGUCCUAAAGGUCAACUACAUGUUCUUAUCAAGGAGGCCAGGAAUCUAACAGCUGUCCGAAGUAGUGGCUUCUCUGAUCCUUUUGUUAAAGGGUACUUGUUGCCGGACAAACAGAGAGGAUUGAAACAGAAAACACCCGUAGUAAAACGCAACUGUAACCCACAGUGGAACCACACGUUCAUAUUCGAUGAUGUCAACAAGUCUGAUCUCAAAGAGAGGUGCGUGGAGCUCACAGUGUGGGACCACGAUAAACUCAGCAGUAAUGAGUUCUUGGGAGGACUCCGACUCAAUCUGGGUGUUGGUCGAAGUUAUGGUAAGGUGGUGGAUUGGAUGGAAGCCCACGGAGAGGAGAUCUCGCUGUGGCAGGCCAUGCUGGACAGACCCAAUAUCUGGAUAGACGGGGCACUCAUGUUACGACCUAAUAUGGACAAACGCAAAUAUUGAACUUAAUUGGCCCUUCUGGAUGACAGGGUUACUGUUCAAAUUGGACAGAAAAAAAAUUCGGAUGAAGAACCACUCAUAUUAUGGUCGAGCAUGGAUUAACGCGAAUUUUACACUGAACCUUCCCAAGAUCUGGACAGUGAUUCACAGGUCAGGCAUAUGGGGACAGCCUUAUAGUGUACAGCAUGGAAAGACACAGAUAUAAACUAGGUAGACCAGGAUUAAUGGGAGUUUCCUCUUACAGCUCACCAUGAAUAAACAAAUUUUAUUUAAACUGUGCAUUAUGUUGUGAGUCUGCUAAAUUGGCUGAUGAUUUAGUAACAAUCCUUACACAAAAUAUGUCAUUACUUAAGUUGCAUUUUUUUUCUAUCUUCAUUGUUGAUUGGUGUGACAGAAGUUUAUAUGUUUGAUCUCAGAUGGAAUGUUAGAAAUCUGAGUGCUGUCAAGUCUUUUGUGUAAUCUAUUUCCAGAUGUGUACGUGUGUGACAUUUCAUUCUAAUGCUGGCUUUAUUUAUGACCAGAAAUUCAUGUUCCUGUUCAUUGUUACCAUGUAUCAAUUCAAGAAAAUGGUCCUUCACCAUGCUUACUUCAUCGUCAGACCUUUGUGCAAUGGAAGGGUGAAAGCAUAAUAUUGUUCACUAGCAACAAAUUCAUUUACUAUUUAUUGAAAUCAAUGUACAAGUUAUGUUUGCAAACUCAAUAUUUUUGAUAUGCAUGUUGUCAAAUCAUAUUAUAUGGUAUUUCUAGCUCACUUGUGCUUUUCUGCUCAAAAUUUGUUAAUGGUCUGUCAGUAAAAUUUUCAAAGAAGGACCACACCACACUCCAGUGUAAAGAGACCUGUUAGGUAAAAGUUCAAAUUGGGUUGGUGUUUAAACCAUCUCUAAAACUACUGUAACAGACAAAGCCAAUCAUGCAUGUCAGCUUCUUUUUAUAAAUCAUCAAAUCAUGACAUCCCUAGCAAUAGAGGAAUUUGACAUAGGAUAUAUAGGAACAGAUUUAGAAGAUACAAAGACUCACAAGAACACAAUUGGUCAAAUUGAUAUGUACAGUACUGCAAGACUGAAGUUUGGUAUCCCUUUGCGAGAGGGGAUAGAGUAACGAGACUGUUCAUGUACGGGUUGAAGAAAUUUAGUUAUGGGGUCGUUUGUGUGCGGAUGAGCAUUUGUUCGAGUAUGUGUAACAAUGAGUUUUUAGACACUCAAGAAGCCACAUUUUGUGCUCGAUUGAAUGGAUGCUUCACUUAUAGCUUUGUUAUCAAAAGGGAAAGAACCCUAUUGAUUUGGGGGGAUAAAGGCCAAGGUCACAGGAGCCUGCAUAGGCCACUUUUUUGUUCAAUUGAUUUGAUACUCCACAUGUAGCUUUGUUGGUGAAAGAGGAAGGACCCUGUUGAUUUGGGGGGUUUAAAGAUCACUAAGGGAAUGGAAUCGUGAUCUGUCACAUUAAUUUGCAAGUGUACAUUGCGUUCUUGGUAUGUCUACUAGGACCACGCUGGGGGUUUACAAUGUUCAGGUGAGCAAUGAUUCCCACAGGCCACUUUUUAUUUAUUUAUGGUGAACUCCACAUGGUUGAUAUGUCUCAAAAGAUAUGUAUUUCUCUCUCUCUAAAGGGAUAUAGCUGGAAUAUAAAUAAUAAACAUGUACUAUCAUUAACCACAUAUUCAAAUAUAUGUAUUAUGCAUACAUCCGAUCUGAAACGAUUCCCUACAUUGCACUUUCUGCUAAUUAGCAUUGAUUCAGUGUCGGGGAUUGACAUUUAUAACCUUCUCCUGGAUUGUACAUUUUCACUUUCCUUUCAGGCUGCGGGAUUUUCUGUAAACCAACAUUACACAAAUUUCUGUGUUUUGAGAUAUUUAAUAUAAAGUGCUGUGCUAGAAACCCAUAGAUAGAUUACUUAUAUGAUGAUAAACUACACAAAAGUUUCCUCUUUUUAUAAGCACUUUGAGUUGUUUAAAACAUUCCAAUGCACAAGAAAUCCAGAAUUAUACAUUAUGGAAAUAUAUAAUUUUUUUGUUUUCUUUGUGAUAUUUUAUACAUUAAAUAUUAAUAUACAUGACUGAGGAAAUCCUACUAUAUCAUUUAUAUGUGUUUAUUCUUCUACUGUUAUUUCCAUACCAUUAUUGUAAAUGCUGAUUACUCUUACUUAAUAAAGACAAAUGCUCUUGUUCUGAA